UUCUCGUUCUAAGUGCAUGUGUCGUUGUAGGAAUAUGUUUCCAGUUAUGCUGGUGAAGUUUCACUCAUUGUGCUUGUGAAAAUGCUUAUGAGGAUGAAAUUUAGACACUUUCAAAUUCAAAAGAGGAUUUUCCGAAGGUGUCAGUGGAUCUGAAUGGGACCUUGGUGACAAUAUCAGCCUCCAGCAUGAAAUCAACAGGCUGCGUCAGGAGGCCACACGACUCCAGACUGAGGCUCAACACUGGAAAUCAGUAGCAGGACAACUGAGCCAAGGAGGGACAAGCAAUGAACAGUUUGAAGCCAGCAAUGCUGAAAUCAUCCAGCUUCGCGACAGAGCCAAGGAACUGGAACAUCAGCUGGUACAGGCUAGGGAUCAUCAGCAACAUGAAAUUGUCUCCCUUCAGGAUGUACACACAGACAAGAUGGCCUGCCAUUAAGAAAAAACACAAACAGGAGGUGGCUGACCAAAAGAAACAAAUUGCAGCACUUGAGCAACAGCUGAGUGACAGUCGGGACAAUGACAGUGUGAGGCAUGGCUCUUCCAACCUGCCUGAGGCUGACCGACCUGGACUCACUUCCGAAUCUGAUGUUGAUGACCUGAGACGUGAACUGCAGCAGCUGCACACACAGCUGUCCAAGGUCAACACAGAGAAGAACAAGAUCGAGACUGCAAAGCGCCACCUUGAGGGAGUGUUGGAAGAACUUCAGACUGAGGUGGGCAAGCUACAGGAUGAAAGAGAUGGCUAUGUGGAGAAGAUCACGCUCCUGGACUCAACAGUCGCAGACCAGCGGGCUGAGCUGGAGACUCUGAAGAAAGCUGAUGGGGAUGAUGUUGUACAGUUGAAAGAAGCUCUUGAACAAGCCCUCUCAGAAAAAGGUUCCCUGGAAAAAGAGCUGGGACAGGUUGGACAAUCUUUGUUUGAUGCGAAACAGAGACUCUUGGAGCAGCUGGAUGCAAACCAUGCUGAUGCUUUAGAGAUAUUAAGUGACUUGCGGCAUGUACGCCACCAGAUGGACAAUGACAGUGUGGGCAGACGCAACCGUCUGCUGAAUGAGAAGCAGAAACUAGCCAAUCAGAUCUAUGUCUUGGGGCAGAAGCAAGGGCAGGUGAAGUCUACUCUGGUGGAAGCCAAGUCUCUCAGUACCCACUUGACCACUGAGGCAGCUGCCAUUGUAGAGUCUCUGGGCAGUCCCCGGCCAUCAGCAGCUCACAAGCUUCUUGGAUCACUUGAGAAAGAAAAUCUGUACCUGAAAGAACAGAAUCUCAAGUUCCAAGAACAGAUAACUCUGUUAGAGCGGGCAGCAAGCACACAAGCCCAGGAAAGGAUCCAAUGUGAGGGAACAAUCUCCAGGCUGAAGGGGCAGCUGAAAGAGGAUGUGGAUGAAUCCAGUUCUAUAUCAACCCUCAAUGACAGUCUCUCCACUGGUAGUGUCAGGACAGUUGAUGGCAGCGACAUAUCUGAACUCUCACGCAGGAAUCGUGAACUUGACCUCAAGGUCGAACAGCUCCAGACAGAGGUUGACAAAUACAAAACGGACAUUGACCAGUUUGAAUUUGUGAAGUCUGAUUGGCAGCUGGAGAAAGAAUCUCUGGAAGAAGUCUUACUACAGCUGCGUAAACAGCUUCAGGAACGGGAGAGGGAGCUCAACAUAGCACUUGCAGAGAAGGGUCUUGCUGAGGUGAAACGACAGGAGAAGAAAUCCAAGGCAAUAGAAAGAACUCAGGCGGGAGAAGUAGUUGAGGAAACAAUUGUGGCAGAACACCAGGAUCUACUGCAGACAGGGGAGACAACUCUAGAGGCUGACAUUGAGACAUUUGCUGUCCAGGCUCAAAAAUUGAGUGAUGCCAACCUGCAGCUUGAGGAGGAGCGUGAUCAGCUUGAGGCUGACAAGGCUGCCCUUGAAGAAAAGGUCAAACUUUUAGAAAACAAUAUGUCCACUUUGGAGAAGUCGCUACAAAGUGAAAAGCAAGCAUCUCCUCUGCAGCAGCAUCUAGAACAGAGACUCCAGCAGCAUGAGGUGGAGAUGAAAGCCAUGGAAGAGGAGAAGCUGGACUUGGAGUCCAGUCUGGAGGAGCUGGACCAGCAACAUCAGCAAGCCAUGGACAAACUCAUCAGUAUUCGGGACGACCUCUCCAAACAGGUGGACACACUAAACACUAGUCUUUCAGAGAAGGAUACAGAGAUAGCACAACUCAGUGAAGAACUGGAUCAGUCCCGGGCUCAGAUUGAAAAGGUUGCUUCAUCAUCACAGGACCAGACUGAUGCUGCUGAAGGUUUGGAUGAGGGCCUGGUCGAGGAGCUCCGGUCCAAGCUGGAGAAGAUGGAGUCGGAUAAAGAAAAGGAGAUUCAAGAUUUGAAGGAAAAGUGUCAGAAUGCUGCAGUGGCAGUUAAUGAUCUGCAUAUGGACAAGCGUGAGCUUCAGGAGCAGCUGGGAAAAGUGAAACAGGAGAUUACAGGGAAGGUGUCCAAGUUGAAGGAGAUGAGAGAGGAUCACACCCGCCUGGUGGAGGAGAAUAAGGACCUCAGGGAGAGGUUGCAGGAAGCAGAGGACGAGAUUGAGGACUGGCAGGAGAGGAACGAACAAACUCAGGUACUCCAGAAGGAGGCUGGGAAUAAAGAGAUUGAGGAACUGGGAAAUGAAAACUCUGAACUGAAAUCAAAACUUGAGGAGUAUUUUACAGCCUAUGAGCAUGAAAAGACUAGAAUUUCUCAGCUUUUGGCUGAGAAUCAGAGAUUGUCUGCUCAAACUGAACAGUUUGAAGUUCAAAAGAAAGAAAGUAUGCGCCAGGCAUCUCAAGCUCUGCAUGACAGAAUAUCAGUGUUGGAGACUCAGUUUGAUGCUGUGACUUUAGACAAGGUAAAUCUUGAGAAGGAGAUAAGUCAGUUGGAGGACAAACUUCAUUCUCAGACAAAACAUUAUGAGCAUUACAUCCAGGAACUGCAGAACAGCCAAGACAAAGAUGCCUCAGCUUUACAGCAAGAUCAUCAGGCCAUGAUGCAGACUUGUCAUGAGAAGGAGCUUGCAAUCAGUGAACUGCAGUCUCAGAUUAACUCUUUACAAUCAGAACUGGAAAUGACUAAGGACACAAUGCACACCUCUGUCGAUAGUCAUGAGCAGCUGACUUCUAUUUUGAAAGAGAAAGAUGAUGAAAUUUCUUCACUGAAGUCAGCAAAUAUUGAGUUAAAUUCUAAAUAUGAGGAGUUGUGUGCUCAUCUGAAGGAACAGGAAGUGCUCAUGGAGAGUAUGAAGGGUAUGGAGAAACUCCUCGCUGCUUCGAAGGAGGAGAUUCAGAGAUUAAGAACAGAAAUUGAGGUGAAUAAGAUGAACAUGGAACAGCAGAAGCCUGAUGACAUGGAUCAGCUGAAGACACUGGAGAUUAUCACUGAGCUGGAGAAAGAGCUUGCUUCAUGUAAAGACAAAAUAUCUCAGUUAGAGGAAACUGUCUAUGCUCAGGAGUCAUUGAUCAAUGAUCACAAGGCAGGAAUUACUCAGUUAAAUGAAAAACAUGAAUUGCAUAUUAGGGAAAUUGAAGAAGAAAGAACAAAGCUUGCUAGACAGGAUGAUUUAAUUUUGAUUCUACAAGAGAAAUCUUCAGAAAAGGAAGAAGAAAUAGCAGAUUUGAAAAACAAGUUGACAAGAGCCUCAUCCCUAGUGGAUGCUAAUAAGCUGCAGUUGUUCAGUGAAGAAGAUGUUUCUCAAUGUCACCCUGUCCUCCCUGCUCUUGAAUACCCAGAGAAGGCAGCAAUAGAAUACACUCCACCAUCAAGGAAGAUGGAUAAACAAGAAAGUUUAGAUAAGGAUGAUUUUGAUCAUGACACAUCCGACAAGAUUGAGAUGAUUUCAAAGGAUAUUGGUGAACUUCAGCUCCGUCUGCAAGAGAAGGAUCUAGUGAUUCAAGAACUUCAGAGCAAUAAUGCCUCAUUACUGACGAUGCUGGAGGCCAAGUCCCUUACAUCGCAUGGGGAUAAAACGUUGGUCAGUGUGCAUAAGCUGGAAAAUGAGGUCAAGGCUCUGAAGAUGGAGCGAGAACAGAUUAUGGCAGUGAUGACUGAGAAAUCCCGAGAGUCAAGUUCACUGAAAGCUGAGGUGCAUCGGUUGAUGAGUGUCGUGUCUGCGGAGAGGAGCGCCCUGAACAAGCUGCAGGAGGAUAACAACCAGCUUCAGAACAGGGAGAAUCCUGUUGAUGACAUGCAGAGGGAGGCAUUGCAGAACUUGUCUCGUCUCGUUCGUGAUCGGGAAUUAGAGAUUGAGGCACUGAAACAGAAAAAUGACACACUCCUGGCUGUGCUACAAGACUCUUCUCAGGAAACACAAGGGUCACAGAUCAAUUCUCUCCUCCAGGACAAAGAUAACCUAAGCAAACAGGUGAUGACUUUUCAGGCUGAGCGAGAACAGAUGAUCACCUACCUCAACCAAAAACAUCAGGAGAGUGUGACGUAUCAUAAUGAAAUUCAGAGACUCACUGCAUUGGUGUCCACGCAGACCGAACAGUUUGAAACUCUAAAUCGCAACUAUACUAAUCUAGUUCCUCAGUUUGAAGAUAAAACACAGACUCUUCUUAAAACACAAAAUGAACUUUUAAAUUAUAAACAGAAAUAUAAUGAAUUAGAAAUUAAAUAUGGGGAGUUGUUAGGAAGAUCCAACAUGAGUGAAACUGUUGACAUGGCAACAUAUAAUACCAAGGAGGUUGAGCUCCAGAAAAGUCAGGACAGGAUAUCAGAAUUGCAACAGGAAGUUAAUGAUCGGGAUCAGAAGAUUCAGGGAUUGUCUUCGAAGAUUCAUGAAUUGGAAAGUGUUGUGUCAAGUAAAGAAGCUGAGAGGACUAGUUUUAAAAAGCAAGCUGAUAAUUUAACAUUUCAGCUUCAUGGCUUGCAAACAGAGCUCCAUGACUUCAAAACUGAAAGGGUAUCCACACAACAGAAAUCCUCUGAAAUAGAUUCAGAACUGCAGGUUUUGAAAGAUUCCAAUAAUCAGUUGACAUUGUCUCUGAGAGAGAAGGAGUUUGAGUUAACGAGCCUGCGAGAGAAGACGGGGACGUUGACGACACUACUACAGCAGCAGCAGGGUGAGAAGGGGCAGGUUGACCACCUUGUCCAGGAGAACGCCUCGCUACAUCAGCAGACAGUUCAGUACCAGCAGGAGAGGGACCAGGCCAUCAUGGCUUUCCAGCAGAAACACUCUGAUGUGGAGGAGCUCAAUAAAGAGAUCACCCGUCUGAAAGAGAAAGAAAUGAAACUGAGUCGGGAACUGGAGAGACUGAGGCAGCACUUGCUUCAGAUUGAGGAGGGCUACACUGGGGAAGCUCUGGAAGCCGAGGAGAGAGAGAAGGAGUUGAGGAACAGGCUUGCUGUGGCUGAGGAGAAGAUCCUAUCAUCCAGCUCUGCAGUGCAGAGUGCCAGCCAAGCAGCCAUUGAGCAGGUGGAGACGUUGCAGCAUCAGCUGCAAGGGGUGACCAGUCAACGGGACGCAGCCUACAUGCAGAUGACGGCCAUGCAGGAUCAGUGCCAGCAGUAUGCUGCCUCUCUCGCCAACCUCCAGAUGGUGCUUGAACAGUUCCAGCAGGACAAAGAUGCUCAGAUUUCUGCCGACACUGAGAGGUACCAAGAUGAGAUAAAGAUCCUGAAAGACAAGAUGAACACACUACAGAGAACACUUGACACUACACAGAGUGAGCUAGAGGAGGCAUCAGAUGGACUGGAGGCAGCAUCUCGUCUGAGUGAACAGCUGGACAAGAAGGAGGAGGCUGUAGCUGCAUUGAAGGAGGAAGUCCUGCUACGAGAGAAGUCUCUAAAGGCAGCAGAGGAGGAAAUCAGGAAGCUGACAACAAGUACAGAGGCCAAGGUGGACAAGUUGUUGAUGAAGAACAUGCUGAUAGGCUAUUUCCAAACACCAUCUAAUCAACGCAAUGAGGUCAUUCACAUGAUGGGUGGGGUCCUCAACUUCCAGCACGAUGACUAUGCGAAGAUUGAUCUGAAUCGGUCCAGCUGGGUAGCAGGAUUCCUCCGAUUUGGGUCUCCUCGGUCAGGCCCCACCCCACCAACAACACCUGUAACGUGGAGGCAGGAAGGCACCUUCACUGGACCAGUCUUUCUCCCAGCUGUUUGUCAAGUUCCUUGAGAAAGAAUCAUCUCCUCCUCCGCCCCCAGUCCGGAUGCCAGCCGAGAAGAUGGCCCAGGAGGUUACAGACAAACACAAGGAGGGCCAGAAGCCAGUGUUCAACCCGUUCACCCGCCCCCAGACAUGUGUCCAUGCCCUUGCAUGUUGGGGAGCAGACGGCUACCACCAAACCCCACAUCCUAAUGGCGUCCAUGUCUCCCGUCACACAGACCAAUCCACUCAUCGCACCCAUGUCAGGUGACGCGCUCAGUCAGGGCGGAUCUGGCAGGUCCACACCACAGAACUCCAGUGCAAUUCUUAAAGAUGUUCUUGGCUCAAGAUGAUAAUAGAUUAGUUAGUGUAUUGUUCAUAUACUACUCAACAAAAGUUAAGGACCACCAGGUUCUCUCAUUUUACUUUAGUUUAUCGGAAAGAAUCAGCUGAUCCGUACCUUCUUUUGAGUAGUAAAAGUGAUGAGUCAUGGGAUGUCAACUAAGAGAAACAGACUUUCAACCACAUAAGACUAAUCUUUUACCUGUACCAUUAUGACAGGAAAACAGCAUUUUGCUAUUUCAAUAACAUUGCAUUUUGUGUGAAAACCGACAAGCCUGGACCAAAUGAUGUCAUAUUAUGUAACUUUAAAUUAUUAAAACAUAUCAUAAUCAGAGGAAGACCCAAAAUCUUUUUAGUACACAAUCUAUACAGGACCAGGGGCCCGAUUAACAAAGUGUUCGUAGUUCUACGUCAUUCGUAAGCCUAUGACAAACAAAAGUUACGAUAGCUCGUAACAUUACAAACGCUUUGUGGAUCAGGACCCAGUUGGUGGUUGUAAACAUUUGGUAAAAACAUAAAAGCUGUUUGCUAUUCAGUAGCAGUGUUGAUGAAUUUUGUAUUAAAGUUUUGUUUAAUGAAAAUACUUUCUCUUAAAACUGAUUAUAAUUUCAUCAAUGACUUCAGUUGAUCGACAUUUUUAGUCAGUCUGCAUGAUCCCAGUCGUGGUUCAAUACUAUGCAACAUAUGCAAGUUUUAAGUAUCUGUUUUAGAAUUUACAAUUGUUAAUGUUCACAGUAUUUUAUUAACUUAAUAUAGAGGGCUGUAGAGUUAAGCAUUAAGUUUCAGUUAUUGGCGUCAGCUAGGGUAUGGAGGUGGGUAGUGGUUUCUUACUGUGGGAUUGUAAUAUUGUCAUGUACAGUGUAAGUUAAUACUCUCAUUGUAAGUAUCCACUGAAUCGUAUGUAUAUAUUGUACAAAUCUAAUAUAUGUCUGCAGCACUAGCCACCAUAGAUGGGUUGUCAUUGUACAGGCGUUCACAGACUAAUCAAUUGGCAUUCAUUUACAAGAUUCUUUUUGGUAACAUUUCAGAGGGGUUCUGUUAAAUAUCACUGGAUUUGUUUUCAUAGACAUAGUUAUCAUAACAUUUUAGAGAGUAGGUGUAAAUGAAUUGCAUGAAAUUUGGGUACUAGUCACCAGGGCCUACAAGCACAAGUGAUCCUUGCCCUGCAAUCUGCUGUAAGUUUUUGUUAUAACGCUUUCAGUGAUAAGAUCAUUCUGUACAAGUGGGUCAAGAGAAGUUAACUGAUUAAACUUGGUAUGAUUAUGUGCGAGUCUUUCAUUGCGGCAUGGUGGUUUCCAUAACGAGCAUUAGAUGCACUGACCUUACAACUUGUAAUCAGUUGAGAUUUCAAGUGAUGUCAUAUGCUUGAUUGGUGAUGAAGAGGAAAUAAACAUAUUUUCCUACAGUCA